UGUUCGAACCUCUUGACCAUCACACCUAUCCCCGCAGAUCAUCUUCCUCUGAACGAGCAACACUUUGCGAACGUCAACCGAUUCGAAUGCCGAACAUGUCCUUACCAAAUGAUUCUGGACAAGCGCUACUUUGAGCGCAAGAUGAUGAAGAGCAAGGAAGUCGAAGAUGUCUUGGGAGGUGCCGACAGCUGGAAGAACGUCGACAAGACAGAGGUCAACUGCAGGGAAGAGAAGUGCGACAACCGUGAGGCAUACUUCAGACAGGUUCAGAUCAGAAGCGCUGAUGAGCCCAUGACCACUUUCUACAAGUGUGCCUCUGAAUGGCGCGAGAAC